AUGUGUGGAAAGUCUUUCGCCAAAAAGGCAUGCCUUACUAUCCACCAGAGAACACAUACUAGAGAGAAACGUUUUGAAUGUAACAUCUGUGGUAAGUCUUUCACCCAGAAAUCAAAGCUUACUGUCCACCAGAGAACACACACAAAAGAAAAACCUUUUGAAUGUAACAUGUGUGUUAAGUCUUUCACCCAGAAGUCAAUUCUCACUGUCCAUCAGAGAAUACACACAGGAAAGAAACCUUAUGAAUGUAACAUGUGUGGAAAGUCUUUCAUCCAGAAGUCACAGCUUACUGUCCACCAGAAAAGACACACAGGCGAGAAACCUUUUGAAUGUAACAUGUGUAAAAUGUCUUUUGCCUGGAAAUCAAGCCUUACUGUCCACCAGAGAACACACACAGGAAAGAAACCUUAUGAAUGUAACCUGUGUGGAAAGUCUUUCACCCAGAAGUCACACCUUAUUGUCCACCAGAGAACACACACUGGAAAGAAACCUUAUGAAUGUAACAUGUGUGGAAAUUCUUUCACCAAGAAGCCAAACCUUACUGUCCACCAGAGAACACACACAGGACAGAAACCUUAUGAAUGUAACGUGUGUGGAAAGUCUUUCACCCAGAAGGCACACCUUACUGUCCACCAGAGAACACACACUGGAAAGAAACCUUAUGAAUGUAACGUGUGUGGAAAUUCUUUCACCAAGAAGUCAAACCUUACUGUCCACCAGAGAACACACACAGGAAAGAAACCUUAUGAAUGUAACGUGUGUGGAAAGUCUUUCACCCAGAAGGCACACCUUACUGUCCACCAGAGAACACACACUGGAAAGAAAUCUUAUGAAUGUAACGUGUGUGGAAAGUCUUUCACCCAGAAGCUACACUUUACUGUCCACCAGAGAACACACACGAGAGAAACCUUAUGAAUAACACAUACAGGAGAGAAACAUUAUGAAUGUAACAUGUGUGGAAAGUCUUUCACCAAGAAAUCAAACCUUACUGUCCAUCAGAAAACAAACACAGGAACGAAACCUUAUGAAUGUCAUAUGUGUGGAAAAUAUUUCAGCCAAGAGCUCCAAGUUACUGUCCAUCAGGGAGUUCAGGAGUAUAAGCGCAUAACUCCUGACUCUCCUUGUCUAGAGGACCAGAGGUUUGUCAGCCAGUUUCUGGUUCCUGGAGGAACAAGUGCUAAUGGCAGCACAAACCUAUGA